AGCCAUCGGAAUUAUCUGUGCAUCUAUAUAUUCACAUGGCUGUCUAUGGAUCCACCUCCGCAUUUCUCAUCUUCGUUUCUCCAUAGCAUCGACACGCCUCAAUCGAUAGGAUGCCGGAGCAAUUCCCGUCCUGCUUCGGUGCUUGCUACUCCGGUGUGGCCUCUCCGUCGGCGGAGGCCGGGCCCAACCUGACAACAUCGAUCUACGAGACUCGGCUCGGCGUCGCCGCCCUCACCUGGUCCCGCGCCCUCCUCGGCCUUACGCUUGCAGCCGACCUCUGCCUCUCCGACCCGGACGAAGAGGACGCGGACUCUCUCCGGUUCCGCGUCCGACCUUGGUUCCUUUGGAAUCAGCGCGGUUCCCGGCGAUUCAGCCUGAUCAACGAUCGCUCCUCGCGUCGCUGCGUGGACUUCACGUGGGAUCUCUCGCACGCGAGGUUUUGCACGGGCAGCGGCGCCCGUUCCGAGCCCGCCUCUCGGUUUUUCGUCGCCAUCUCGGUUGACAGUGAGAUGCUACUCGUCGCCGGCGACCUGAUCGAGGAAGCGUACAAGAAGAGCAGGGCCAGGAGGCCGCCAGCAGCAGCUCCCUUCUCCAUCCCCGCUGCCCCUACCUCAAGGAGGGAACACGUCGGGCUGGGGGGUCCCGGCGGACGUCGAUCAUACCGCACAGUGGCGCGGCUUGGCGGCAGAGAGCGGGUGAUCUCGAUCGAUCUGGGCGUCAACGAGAAGGAUUGGGAGGAGGGUAUGGCGGUGUCCGUCGACGGAAAGAGGAUCCUCCACGUGCGGCGCCUCCGUUGGAAAUUCCGCGGCACGGAGAAGGUGGAGGUAGAGGGCGGCGGUUGGAUCCAGGUGUCAUGGGACCUUUACAGCUGGCUUUUCCAGACCAAGAAUGACUCGGCCGACUCGCCGUUGGCCGAGAACCAGCGCGCAAUGUUCAUUUUCCGCCUCGAGGAAGAUCAAACACGGAAUCCAGGCGGGGUGCAUUCCGGGAAUAAAGGGACGACCUCGAGGAAUCUCCACGGGAAGACGAACGAAUGGAGCGAGAGUAGCAGCAAUUAUGGCGGGCCCGGAACGGUAAGAAUGAGACAGAGGAGGAGUAGAAGCCUUUUGCAAAAGACAACCUCCUCCUCCUCGUCAACCUCGUCUGCUUCGUCGGCGAGCAGUUCGACGGUAUUGGAGUGGGCGAGCCAGGAGGAGGAGGAGUUGCAGAGGCACGACGGAUUCUCCCUGCUGGUCUACAUCUGGAAGAACUCGAUAACCUGAUUCCUAGUCACGAUCGCAUCCUCCCGCUUCGUUUUCCUUUUCCAAAUCCAUUCAAUUUCCGCGUUGAUUGCGGUUCUGUGUCGUACAUCCUUGAAUUUAAUUUUGAGAUCUUCAGCAGAUUCAUUGUAAAUGUGCAGUGCCAUUAUCUAUGUUUUAUUGGACAUUUCUCAGGGUUUUAUUGGACAUAUAUCUAUUCCAUAAUUUUAUC